GCAAAAAUAACCGUGUCUAGAAACUCUGCCUUUUUUGUGACAGCAGAAAACAGUUCCUGCAAGGCUCCUGCACCGUUUAUUUUAUGUGUAGCAAGCAAGUUUGAGAAUUAAUUGAGGCCAUGGCAACUUGGGUGGGACUGCUGAGCCUCCUGAUGGCGAACCUUGUGGCAGUCGAUGGGGGCAUCCAGGGUGACUUCACCGCCGACCUCUCAGUGAAGCUCUACCACCACUUGAGGUCAAUGGAGAAAGAGGAGAAUAUCUUCUACUCCCCCUUCAGUAUUGCCACUGCUUUGGGAAUGAUUGAGCUCGGAGCUGCUGGUACAACCCUCCAGCAGAUCCAACAUGUCAUGGGCUCCAAUAACAUGCAAAGAGAUGGGGAGUUUGUGUUCUUGCGGGAAUUGUCACAGGCCAUGCGAGCAGACCGGCAGCAGUACGUCAUGAAGGUUGCCAACUCCUUGUUUGUGCAGGCGGGCUUUCAGCUCAGUGACCAUUACCUGCGAAUGCUGAAGAGAUAUUUCGGUGGCGGGGUGGAAAAGGUGGACUUCAGUCGCCCGUCUUCAGUGGCCGAUCAGAUCAACGCGUGGAUACAGAAUCAAACCGAUGACAAGAUACAAGGCCUUUUAAAACCGAAAGACUUCAGUGUCUUGACCCACGUGGUCCUGGUCAAUGCAAUUUACUUCAAAGGGAACUGGAAGUCGCAGUUCAGACCAGAGCACACACGCACUUUCCCUUUUACCAAAGACGAUGAGAGUGAAAUCCAGAUCCCCAUGAUGUACCAACAGGGGGACUUCUUCUACGGCGAGUUCAGUGAUGGGUCGAAUGAAGCAGGAGGUGUGUACCAGGUCCUGGAAAUACCGUAUGUGGGGGACAAAAUCAGUAUGAUGAUCGUCCUCCCGAGGCAGGAAGUACAACUGGCCGCUUUGGAACCCCUUAUUAAAACCCAGCUCAUUGAUGAAUGGGCAAGCACUGUAAAGAAGCAGAAGGUGGAGGUAUACAUGCCAAGAUUUAAAGUGAUGCAGAAUAUUGAUUUGGCGGAGGCGCUGGCUGGUCUUGGUAUCUCAGAAUUGUUUAGUCUCGAUGCUGACCUUUCUGCAAUGACCGGGAAGAAGGACCUUCACAUUUCUAAGGCUUUUCACACGUCUUUUAUUGAGGUGAACGAGGAGGGUUCGGAAGCAGCAGCAGCCUCGGAGAUGAUCGCUGUCAGCAGAAUGUUGACCCUCAACCCCCAGGUCAUCGCCGACCAUCCGUUCUUCUUUCUGAUCCGAAACCAGAGGACAGGUACCAUCCUAUUUAUGGGCAGAGUCAUGCAUCCGGAAGAUACUAAUCCAAAUGGUCACGAUUUUGAAGCAUUAUAGAGGCUGCCAUUCCACCACAAGAUUCAUCUGGUUUAACAGCUCUCCAUGUUCACACUGUCAUCUCUUUAGCUCCGUACUCUGUAGAGUAAAUGCAUAGAAAAUAUAUGAAGUCAACGCCAUUCGUAUUACUGUCACUUUCAUCUCACUGUUUCACAUUUAUGACACUAAUAUUAAUGUACUGAAAUCAUCUUUAGUGUAUGAUUCUAAAAUUGAAGUGAAAUUACCUUUGCAUUCCUUUUCGCAUUUAUCCCCUGGCAUUUAGACCAACAAAUGUUAUACAACUUACACAAAUGACACCUUGUGUAAACUCACACAUGGGUAAAUAUUAGCAGACACAAACUGCUGGAGUAACUCAGCAGGACAGGCAGCAUCUCUGCAGAGAAGGAAUGGGUGACGUUUUGGGUCGCGACCCUUCUUCUGACUGUUUAGGGAUAAGGGAAACGAGAGAUAUAGACGAUGAUGUAGAGAGAUAAAGAACAAUGAAUGAAGGAUAUGAAACAAAGUAUCGGUACACAGAGGGAGAGGAUCUUGUCGGAGAGAGGAGGACUUCUCCAAGGAGAUUUCGCAGUGGAGCAGACUAAAUGUGUAGGCAGGAGCAGCAGAUGCCGGUUUACACCGCAGAUAGACACAAAUAGCUGGAGUAGCUCAGCGGGACAGGCAGCAUCUCUGGCAAGAAGGAAUGGAUCACAAAAUGCUGCAGUAACUCAGCGGGACGGGCAUAAAUAAUUCCAUACUCAGCCCCCAGUGCAAUCAAGGCAGGUUGUGAUUCCCACAACACUGUGCCAUCACUCGGGUUUACAUCAGAAACAAGCUGGCAAUGGUGGCGCUGCUUACCCAGAAUGCCGUGAGCCGUGGAAAGUGCCCUGGACCCUGCUGUACGCUGCUGAGAUGGUUAAUCCCCUUCAGUGGGUGGGUUCAGGAAUUCCCACAUGUGUAAAAUCUGACUUGUCUAACAUGACCCUUAAUGUGCCUGUCCCACUUGUGUGUUUUUUUUUCGGCGACUGCCAGCACCCAUCGUAGUCGCAGCAGGUCGCCAAAAAUGUUCAAAAUGUUAAAAAAAUGUUACGACUCUUUGGGCGACAUGUCGCCUGUAUGGUCAUGUGCAGUCGCCCAAAGAGUCGUAUCUUUUUCUGAUCGCCGCUGGAUUUUCAACAUUUUCGGCGACCUGCUGCGACUAUAUCGGGUCCCAGCAGUCGGCGAAAAAAAAUUCUGUAAGUGGGACAGGCCCUUUACAAAAGACAGACACAAAACACUGUGGAGUAACUCAGCGGGACAGACAGCAUCCUCGGCGUAAAGGAAUAGGUGACGUUUCGAGUCGAGACCCUUCCUAUGUCACCCUCACAGAAAUCCAGGAGUUCCUACAUUGCUCUAAGUUGCAAUGAAAUAAGUCAGAAGUCUUAAGAUAGUGCAAGUCAACAACAGUAGCCAAGAUCCACAUGUUUAAGAAAGAACUGCAGAUGCUGGUAAAUCCGAGGUAGACACAAAAUGCUGGAGUAACUCGGGGGGUGAGGCAGCAUCUAUGGAGAGAAGGAAUUGGCAACGUUUCAGGUCGAGACCCUCAAUUCCUUCUCUCCAUAGAUGCUGCCUCACCAGCUGAGUUACGCCAAGAUACACAUGUGCAACUAAUGUAAUGAUCCGAGUGGCUCUUCAAGGUGCUGGUGAUUCAUGAUGUAAAACAGCAUUUAAACUUGUUACGUUGUUCAUAACUUAGAAGUUAUCACCCAUAUAGAUUGACUGUAAUAUUCUCAUCAGAUUUCGGUGUUCUUCUGGUGCGUGAUCUGUGGAAAAUACUUUGUUUUUGUUACUUCGAUGGGUCCAAGUUCAUACUGAAUUUCACUUCACUAAAAUAAAACUUUGAUUUACUUAGCAA